AUGUAUGGUCCUCAGAUGCCUCCUGGGUUUAAGAAGCCCUCAUCACUAUCCAGCAAGAGCCAAUCGGACUCUGAAUCUGAUAAUGAUGCAUUUGGACCUGUGCUCCCACCCGAGUUCAAAUCAUCCAGAGCCCAACCACAAACUAGUCCAGCACUACCUUCAAAGAGAGUAAUGGGACCAACAAUGCCACCACCAGGAGCGACUUUGUCCGUCUAUAAAAGGGAUGAUAGCGAUGAUGAUGUUGGACCUCGGCCACUUGACCUGUCUGACAAAGACUUGGAAGAGCAUGAACGAACCGAGCGAUUGAAAGAAAUCGAGGCAAGACUUGGACAUGGUUCAGCAACCACAUCUAAUCAAGACGAUCCAGCGGAUAUGCCGACUUGCAAAAGUAGCAGUGUUAAGCGAGAAGAUUGGAUGACGCUUCCACCUGAAGCGAUGCGUUUAAAAGGAGGACCGCAAAUGACUUCGCGGCAGUUCAGCUCAACUGUAAAAGAGAAAACAGUGGAUCAGACUCUGUGGAUCGAAUCUCCCAAAGACAGAGAAAAACGAAUCAUUAGUGGAAAG